AGAAACAAACGAGGGCCCCCUUGUGUCUGAAAAUGUUGGCGAAUUUCAAAACUGCCUAUCUUUCUCUGUUGGUUUUGAUUUUGGUUCUCAUCAGUUUAACAGAUGCUCAUGCUUCAAGCUGGAAAUCAAUUUUAAAUUCUGAUAAGAGAAUGGAAACAAAACAACAUUCAUUGGAAUCUAUAUUUCGAGUGAGGCGGACCUACAUAGACGAAAAUGAGAACUGCGGCUCGCACGAGUUGGAGAUGGUGCACACGAUAAUGGACAGAAUAUGCAUGCUCUGCCACGAGCUGCGAUCACAUUUCGCACCGAACACGCGGGUCGAAUGUCGCAAGGACUGUUUUCAGAACGACACGUUUCAAUCAUGCAUGAAAAUAUUUUCGAGAGUACCGUCGAGACCUGUUCAACAGCCGGAGCCAACUGCUCCCAUUCCUUUGUAUACUGAAAAUGUGCAAACUUUGGACGAUUUCAAAGAGCGGCGUAGACGGUUGUGAAGGCUUUUAUUCAAGUCUUAAUUUGAUAAGUAUUUAUUUUGAUUUUCCAUGAAAUUUGUUUUUAAACGUUUCUUUUUUUGUUUGAACUGCACUACACACCUUGGGGAAAAAUUCAAUUUAUUUCACUCUUAAAAAACUAGGUAUAAUAAGUCUAAAUCAAGCUUGCUUUUCUUAUUUUUUGUAUCUUUUUUUUGUCUUUUCAAUCGCCUAUUAUCAUUCUACAAAAGGUUGUGACGGACAUUUUCUCAUCUUAUGAAUACUGGAUUACUGGAAUAAAUAAUGAUUUAU